GUGAUGACGCUUCUUGAACGUUCCUAUGGAAACAGGAGGGAGACUUGACUUAAUCGCUGCUGGGCUUCUGGAAUGUUUUCUUUAACGUUACUCCCCUCGCAGAUGUGUUCCAUUUAACGCUCAGUAAAGUUAGUGGUUUGCUAAUUCAAGCAAGAAUCUGACUCACAAGGUACAACCAACAAACAGACUUCAAUGCUAAGUUGCAUGAAACGCUCUUAGUGAUUAAACUAGUGCAGGCGGGCCUCUUCUUGUAGUUACAGAGCUAGCCUGCUAAUCAGAAUGACCCAGCAAGGAGCAGCGCUGCAAACCUACAACAAUGAGCUUGUCAAGUGCAUAGAGGAACUGUGCUCUAAAAGAGAAGAUUUAAACCGGCUGAUCCAGCAGGAGGAAGCAGAGAAAAGUCGUCUGCAGCAUGAUAUCCGUGUGCUGACAGAAAAGCUGAGUCGUGUGAACGAGAGCCUGGCACGCCGCCUUGCUGCCCGCGCUGACUUUGACCGCACCAUCGCGGAGACAGAGGCAGCAUACAUGAAGAUUCUUGAAAGCUCUCAGACACUUUUGAGUGUUUUAAAGAAGGAAACAGGGAAUCUGACCAAAGCCACUGAACCAAGAAGCAGCAAAGAUCAUUGAUUAAUGUUGAAUAUUUCUAUUUGUGUGUGUGUGUGUAUACAUUCCAUUGUUAUCCUCUCUAACUUCUUCUCUUUUAUCUUUACCAGCCUUCCCUUUUGUAAUCAACAUAUAAAUUCAGAAUAUAACUUCUCAUUCCUAUUUGGAAGUUCUGUAUCUGAUGUAUAGGUUAUAAAUUGUUUUGAUAUAGCUUGGUGUCUGGUGUAAUGUUUUAAUAAAGAUAUAUUGUGAAUUUUU